AUGACAGAACGAGCCCUCUCUCAUGCACCCAUUUACAACUGGGAUGAUGAUUCAUCCGAUAUCUGUAAACCAGCUUUUCUUGAACAAUUAGGAGAUCAAGAAAAGGAACCCAAAUUUUGGAGAAGAAAAGACAUUCUUGUUCCCGGAACGACCAUCAAAAUCAAUCCUCAAGUAAAAACUGUAAAUUUGUUGUCCAGUGAAAAGGUCCAAAUGAAAAUAGAUCAGGAGCGGAAAAAGAAAGAGGAAUACAAAAAACAGGCAGAAGAGGAUGGAACCUAUUAUGAUUCCGAUUAUUGUGAUUUUGAAGACGACGACGAAGAAACACAAACGGACAGCGAUAAUGAACACAAACACACGGAAGAAAUUGAAAAUCAUGAUAGAUGUAUUUAUAUUGGAUCUUUGCUCACUUCAUCUGAAUGCUCUGAACUAAUUCAAGCGACCACACAAUUAGGUUACGAGUCUAUUGAGCAUGAAUAUCCGAAAGAAUACAGAAGUUCAGAAAGAGUUUUGGUUCUGUGCAAAAAAUUAGCUGACAUGUUGUGGCAGAGAAUCAAACCAUACUUAACAGAUGCAGAUUUCAAAGGUGUUCGUCCUUAUGGAUUCGACAAUGGAGGUACUUGGAAACCUAUUGGUACCAAUGAAUGUCUACGCUUUAAUCGAUACAAAAAGAAUGCAUUUUUCAAGCCCCAUCAAGAUGCCAAAUUUAUUAGAAAUGACAACGAGCAAAGCAUUUUCACUAUACUUAUUUAUCUUGAUGCAAGCUAUGCAGGGACGACUUUGUUGAAAAAAGUUUCUGACUCAAAAGAGACAAAUGUAUCUGUUAUGAAAUUCAAAAAGAUUACUUCAUUAAGACCAAAAGAAGGCGCCGUUGCAAUAUUUAACCAUGACUUAUAUCAUGCCGGACAAAGAGUCAGAUAUGGUCGCAAAUAUGUUCUUAGAACAGAGUUGAUUUUUAAGCGUAUUGACUCUGAGAGCAUUUAUCGAAUGAAUUACAAGCAAGACCAAGAGUAUUUGAGAAUCAAAAAACUUGUGGAUGAGAGUAAUGAACUCGAAAAACAAGGCAAGGAUGUCGUCAAGAAUAUUCUUUAUUUGAAUAGAGACAUUAAUUCAUACGCAAGAUCACCUCCCUUAUGGAAGGCCUUUUAUGCUCUCAGAUGGGCUCCAUUGGUCAAAUCAUGCUGCGUGUCGAAAAAGAACAAGUAUAGAUAUUACUAUGAUGAUGAAAGUAUUCCAGACGAAACUCGAGAAGAUGUUUCCAGUAUGGAAAAUCCGCUGAUCGAAGCAUUGGAAUCAACCUAUCGUGGAAAAGAAGAUCAAGAAUACAAGGAUUGGUAUCAUGCCUUCAUUUCAAGAGCUAACAUGGAGAAGUUCUUUUGCCCAGUAUUAUUGGAUUUUGGUAUUUCUCAUUACAGAUAUGGCCUUUCUAAAGAUAGUUGUUUCUGGGUCAGUAGAACAUACGCUGGCAGGCCCGAUCAUCCUCACUUUUAUUUGAAUCAGUAUGGUUAUGAUGACAUUGUUAUUGGAGAUAGAUAUCUGUGCACACAAUACCACUGCGAACGAUUGAACAUUGUAACUGAAACCGGUGAAAUUGAGGACUUUAAUCUCUUCAAGGUGUUGAUUUAUCAAUUGUACAAGGAUGACCUCAAUGUUAAUUUGAAAGAACAUCCAUUAGUGAUUUGCACACCAGUGGCUUGGUCUGAUAGCGACAAGGAAAAGGUUAAGUCUGCAGUGUUCGAAUUGGGAAUUCCAGGUAUUUGUUUUGUAGACCCAAACAAGAUGCUGUCUCUUUUUUACCAAAAACCAGAUUUCUUUGGAAUUAAUGUUGGACCUUCUGGUGUAAGAUGCACAACAGUCAUUGAUGGCCAGCCUCAAAACAAUAAUUCUGUGUUCCAUUAUCCUCCUGUGAAAGAAAAAUUUAAGAAAUUUCUUAACAGCUCGUAUUAUUACGGUGCCGACAAAAGCUAUUAUUGGCCACAUCAAUUUACAGAGCUAGCUCUAGUGACUCCUUUUGACAAGGACAGAAAUCCAAAACAAUACGAUGAUUUUGCAAGAAACCAACCCAAAAUCAAUAUUGGAAGUUACUACGCACCUGUUGAAAUUUCAGGACAUGAAAGACUCGAGCUGGGCAAUUGGUACUAUGAGGAAAUUAUGUUGUGUGUUGAGGAUGCCAUCUCUACCAUUCAAACCAAUGAAGGGUAUUCGAAAGAGUUGCGUGACAAAGUGUUAUCAAACGUCAUGAUCACAGGCGGCGGAGCAAUGAUUGAAAACAUGUCAGAAAGGCUCAAUGCAAGAAUUACCGAGCUCCUUCCCAACCUCAAAAUUAAUUUUACAAUCCAAGAAAAUGUUACUUUCGAUAGUGAUGAUCGAGGAAGUGUGAAGCAAGCUCGGUGGGGACCCACAGACAUGAAUGUCAUUGGAGGAGCAAAAAUUUUCGCCAGUCUCAGCAAUUUCAGAGAAAAAUGUGAAAUGAACCCUGCUAACAAUGAGUGUGUGAUUUAA